AUGUUACACGUUCAAAGCUUUGUGGUACUUCUUGGCGUUUUACUUUGGACAUGCGCCUGCGUAUACGCCCAGAAUGUGUUUAACUACGAGGAGCAGAAAAACCUGUCUCGAUCGUACACAAUACAGGUUCAACGUUUCCUGUGUAUUGAUGCGCCAUACCAGGAAACAAUCCUGCACGAGUGUCGUAUGAUAUUUAGAAGAAAUCAACGGCCGCUACUAAACGUAUCGCUGGAAGCGCCGAAGAAAUAUAACUACCUGAUGAUACAUUUCCAGAUGCACUACAAAUUUAAAAAGUAUCAACCGUUCCUGAUAGACAUAAAAGCAGAGGGAUGUGACCUAAUGCGUGAUCGAAAGAAUGACCCUACCCGUCGCUGGAUGUACGGAGUGUUGAAGGAUUUGAUGUCCAGUUUAGUGCAUCCCUGUCCGUUUGGGAACAGAACCUACAACGGGAUGGGCUCGAUCAAGGAGGAAUAUGCACCGAGAUCAAUCCCGGCCGGCGAGUACAGGAUGGAUGGAAUAUUUACAUCCCAGGCCAAUGUAACGCUACUUUCAUUGCAGCUGUUCUUUGAAGCUAGAAGAAGGGGUAUUCUGAAAUCAAUGCUAGAGUGGUAAGGGGCUAUCAUUCAUAAUCAACUCAAACUGCAAGUAAUAAAAUGAUGCCUUUCAUUUUAUCACUUCGAGUGUUCAGUGCAGCAAAGAUCUAACACUAA